UGCCUCCUGCCUGUUCUCCGGUGUGUUGUUAGCCUUUAGCUGCUCUUUACUCUCCGUCACGUUUCUGCAACAUUUUUACCUCCAGCUCACCGGAGGAUCCAUAAAAACCGACCCAGACACCGGACACAGACGUCACACCGAGCCCGGCACCGAGCAUGUCCACCGCGCUGGAGAGCUACAUCAACCGUACUGUGGCCAUAGUCACAUCAGACGGCAGGAUGAUCGUGGGCACUCUGAAGGGCUUCGAUCAGACCAUCAACCUGAUCCUGGACGAGAGCCACGAGCGAGUGUUCAGCUCCAGUCAGGUGGAGCAGGUGGUGCUGGGACUCUACAUCGUCAGGGGCGACAACGUGGCCGUGAUCGGGGAGAUUGAUGAGGAGACAGACUCUACUCUGGAUUUGGGGAACAUCAGAGCCGAGCCGCUCAACUCUGUUGUUCACUGACCU